GAGCUCUUGAGGGAAAUGGGUAAGUUGAAUGUUAACGUUAAGGGAAACCAUCAAGUGAAUGAAGAGAAGCCUCCACCACGAGUGUGUCCAAGGUGUAGCUCAGACAACACCAAGUUCUGUUUCUACAACAACUAUAGAGUGUCUCAACCUCGCUACCACUGCAGGAACUGUCGCCGAUUCUGGACUCAUGGUGGAGCUUUAAGGGACAUACCCAUUGGUGGAAGAGCCCGCAAGAUCAAGCCUACAGAGAUAGAUCAGCCAUCUGUUCCUCAGGGGGUUUCUAAUGAGAUCCAGCAGGUUAAUCAUCACGAACCUUUCUCACAUGUUCAAGAAACAACCCAGUUUCUUGAACCAUUCGGUGGUUCUUCUUCCUCUGCUUAUUUUGGGAACCAUUUCAGUCCUUUGCCUGAAACUCAUCGUGGUAUGGUGCUUCCAAGUCGAAGUAUUCCACCAACGAAUCGCUUUGAUCUCUUUGAUGGAUCGUUUCACCAAGGUUAUUACGGUGCUAGAUUCAAUGAUUUGGUUGGUAAUCAUUUGAUGAACCAAUCAUUUGGUGGACAUGUUGAUAACUAUAACAGUUACCGCGUGAAUCAAGAGAAUCCAUACAUGCGAACCCAGAGCUUCACCAACACCAUGAACAUGAACCAUAAUGCCAGCACUAGUGAAAUAAAAGGAUAUCCACACACUGAUCCCAUCAACAUCAUCAACAACAACAGCAACAAGUGUGUGUUUAGAUCCUCCUAUCGUUAGGAGAAGCAUGGUCCUUGAAUCAUAACCGUUUUACCGAUUUUCUCUUUUUAUUAUGCUAAUAAUGUUUCAGUUUUUUGUUUAUAGUUUCUGUUGGGUCUUCUUGUUUUUCAGCUCUGUUGGGGUCUUUUUUUUUAUUUGAGUUCUAAAAGUUUUGCAUCUUUGUUUCCUUAAAGAUUCAGACAUAAGUUACUUGUCUGGUCUU